UGUUGGCCAUUUUCGACACCGCCAGCGACGCGCAGGAUGGCGACCAGCUACGAGGAGAACGUGUGGUUCGCCGCCAAGAUGGGCCGCCUCGAUGAGCUCACGCGACUGAUUGAGGUCGACGGCCAUGCCUUUGACGCGCAGGACGACCAGCUCAAGUCGCCCUUCUACUAUGGCUGCACCUUCAACCAGCCCGAGGUGCUCGCGUACCUCACUACCCUCUACGCCCGCCGCAACGUCGUCAUGCCCGAAGAGCAGCGCGCGUGGUGCAUCCUCAGCUGUCUCAAUGAAGACGUCCGUCUCUUUCUCGAAGGCAAGACAACGAUCGAAGCAGUGAUUGCCGACCGCGCCAAGAAGGCCCACAACGAGACCUUGUCGCCGGUCGCGGCCGCGGCCCAAGGCAACAUGGCGCGGCUCCGCUACUUUAUCAAGUCGGAGCCACUUGUUCUCUGGACGGCGGAUGCGGUGUCGGGCAAGACACCGGUCGAGGUCGCGUGCGACGCCGGCCACGCACCCGCGACGGCCACGCUCUUGAGCGCAGCGAAGAAGGAACUCUCGGCUGCAGCGUACGAUGACCUCGUCGCACGCUGUGUAGCAUCGACGACGCCCGGUAGCUUCAUGCACCGCGUCGUCCGUGGUGAGGUGCCCAUGAAGGAGAUCAUGGCCGCGCACAAGCAGGCCACGCCCAGCCCAUAGACGUAGCUAAGCUCUGCAGUGUAAUCAAGUUUGUGUCGAUCUGGG